AAGAAGCGGGGUCGCAAGAAGGAAGGCACUGUCACGGGCCAAGUCAGUGCUUCCAUCAAGCCCAAGAAAAUAUGUCCAGACCGUCUUGGACUUGAUGGACAAGUCUACACCAAGAAAAAAUAAGCUAUUUGAAGCAAACCCAACCAGUAGACGGACAGUGGAGUUUAAAAUAGGUACAAAGGUCCUAAGUUCAUUGACCAACUUAAAGAGAAAAUGGUAUAAAAAGUCCAUUAUUGCUCGCAGUGUGUUGUUGACUGUUUGCCACCAGAAGAAGUCUGUGAGAGCCAGCAGCAGAGCCUUUGGAGCCCACAGGAAAACCUUAUUAAAGCUAACCAGGAAAUGCACUUCCAGGCAGAAUGUUAAACUGUCACGCUUUAAAAAAUCCCGGAACGAAGCAGUGGCUUUCAUGGAAUGUAGUGCCUCUCCCCUACCUGACAAGAAGCUUGUUUCAAAGAAGACUGGUAAGAGCUGUACUAUUCUGACAAGGCCUCUCCAGGAUCUGUACCAGGACUUUACAUGGAAGUUUCAGAUUCCUCAACGAAGAUCAGCUUUUCACAGUUCGCCAAAUGCCGUCCAGCACAUGUACGCCUAAUGAGAAAUUCACAUCUUCGCCAGUGUUUAUGUGAAUACUGCACAAAUGUUGACCCGAAGCUUCGCAGUGUAAAUGCCAUUGGUGCCAGAGUGAACAAUGCAUGCUGUAUAUGGAAGGGACCCACGACGUGGAUAAAGUGGGAGACUAAGGCCUGCACAACAAAUGGCAAACAGUGAGCCGAAAAGUGCUUGUGAAAAAGAUGGGUACCAUGUUGGAGCUGGUGGACGAGCUAGAGGAGGAGGUGACAUUCCUGGCAGGUCAUCUGUUUAGAGCUGAUUGGCAGCACCGCCAGUUUGAGGCCAUGAGGAGGGACACACCUUUUUCGAAGUCAACAGUAGGCAUGGUCCUAGAUUUUGCAGAGAACUUUGCCUGCCUGUAUCAGGAUGAGAUACAAGCAGCACACUGGCACCACAAACAAGUUACUGUCCAUCCCAUUGUGACAUAUUAUGCAUGCAGAGAGUGCAAGGAGACCACCACUGAGUCCCUGGUUUUUAUUAGCGAAGACCGGGUCCAUGAUUACCAUGCCGUGUUUCGUUUCACGCAGCUUGCAGUAAUUCAUCUUCGUACAGCUCUUGACAUCCUACUGGAACACAGCAUCGAGUGGACAGAUGGGUGCUCAUUACAAUAUAAAUCAAAAGGCCCCUUUUGUGACAUUUCAAAUGCCCUGACAGACUUGGGAUGUACACUUGAACGAAACUUCUUCGGAUCAAGACAUGGCAAAGGGCCAUCUGAUGGGGAAAGUGCUGUGGUAAAACACAAGGCAGCAACAGCAGUGAAAGCUGGCACAGCCAUUAUUACCAAUGCCAAGGACCUUUAUGAUUAUUGCGUCUCCAGUAACCUCAACAAGCAGCCAGCAAGCACUUCCUUCGGACAUUCUUUUGGGUGGCUAAUGGACAGGUGGACAGGAACCGGAACAGGAGUGUUAAGACUUUGAAGGGUACCCGGUCUCUGCACACAGUAAAAUGUGUCGAAGCCAACAAACUGCUGACCCGUCUCUUAUCCUGCUACUGUCUGCCUUGCCAGUCCGGUGUUGGUGACUGCAGUAAUGCUGAAGUCGUUGGACCGUGGACAUUAGAGGUACUCAAACCACCAACCCCUCAAGCCAGAUUGUCUAUG